GAUGGCUGCGGACAGUGCCUUGCUGCUGUCUCUGGUGGAGGAAUUUGUCUCGGGACUACAAGACAGCAAGGCCAAAGAUACAGCAACUGGUGUCAAAGAUGGACAGUUUACAGUACUGCAGCUGGUGGAGGCACUGGGACUGAGUUUGAUGAGUUCUCAGCCUCACACUCGAGCCAGAGGAGUCAAGCUGCUGUCUGAGGUUUUGCAUGAGUGCUAUGGAAAUCUUACAGAGGCAGAAGUGGAAGUGCUGAUUGCUUUCUAUGAAAACCGUCUAAAGGACCAUUACGUCAUCACUCCACCUGUCUUACAGGGGCUCAGAGCUCUGACAAAAUGUACAGUGUUGCCUCCUGGCUCAGCUGUGUCUAUGCUGAGGUCUUUGUUCCAGGAUGUUCAUGUACAGUCUCUGAUGCUGGCUGAGAGAUCGUGUGUCUACAACAUGCUCAUUAACCUCAUGGAGACCAGAGAGGCUGAACUGAAGGGUUUGGGGACAGAUUUUGUGUUUGGCUUUGUCCAGUCGAUGGAUGGAGAGAGGGAUCCUCGUAACCUCCUGUUAGCCUUCCAGAUUGCAAAGAACAUCAUCCACCGAGGCUACGAUCUAGGUAAAUUUGCAGAGGAGCUGUUUGAAGUGACGUCCUGCUAUUUCCCCAUCGACUUCACCCCACCUGCCAAUGACCCCCACGGCAUCACCAAAGAGGAACUAAUUGAGGAGCUGCGGGCCGUCCUCACUGGGACACCGAAAUUUGCUGAGUUUCUGUUGCCUCUCAUCAUUGAGAAGCUGGACUCAGACGUUCAGAGCGCCAAGCAGGACUCGCUGCAGACUCUGACCGCCUGUGUGUCACAGUACGAACAUAAGGACUUGGCAGAAUUCCUCGAGGGACUGUGGGCAUCACUGCGCAGAGAGGUGUUUCAGACAUCCAGUGAGAAGAUCGAGUCUGCAGGCCUCACUGCUCUUACCGCACUCACUUCCUGUCUGUCUCGCUCAGUCCUCAGCUCUGACUCUGAAGACUCCCUCAGCACCUUCCUGGAUAUGGUUCUCGAAGACUGCAAACAUCACCUGUCUGAGCUGGACCUGAAGCUCGUGUGGCCCAGUGCCAAGCUGCUGCAGGCCGCCUGCAGCGCCUCCAACAGGGCGAGCCACAUCAUAACAGCGGCAGUCAUGCCCUCGCUCAUCGAGCAGUACAGCAGCAGAACGCAGUGUUCCCAUAGACGGACGUUACUGGAGGUUGUGCUGCGAUUCAUCCAGUCAGUAAAAACCAGCCAGGCCUCAGAGAACGAAGAGAGAGUGUUUUCAGCCUUCCGCGAGUCUCUGUGCAGCAUGGUGUUUUCAGCUCUGACAGAGACUAACACCAGUCUGCAGAUCACAGCCACCUCGAUGCUCACCUCACUGGCGCAGCAACCGGGUCUGCUGUUGGACUCUGACAUUGAGCUGGCUCUAGAUCACCUGACCAGACUGCUGCUGACGGAGGAGGAUGACGGAGUCAGUCUGGCUGUGGUCAAGUGCGCCGGAGCCUUAGCAGAGCUGCACCCAGCAGCCUUUAUCACUAAACUCAUCCCGAGACUAAAGACGGAGUUGUUUGAUGAGCCCAUGGAUCAAGACGGCAACAGAGAAGCUUCUGAGCAGCAUUCCCAUCAUGCAGUGCGUCAGCGGUGUCUGUCUGCUCUGGCGGCGGUGUCCACCCAACCCAGUGUUGUGUGGGAGAGCACACCUGUCCUCCUGGAGGUCCUCGGCUCGGCACACACAGGUAGCGUCUGUUUCUCGGUGGAGGAGGUGGUGUUGGCGUGCCGCAGCCUCCAGAGGAUAGCAGAGCGGGUUCAGGACACUGAGGAGACAGGACAAUGCUUCCAUGAAAUCAUCAUCCCGCGCCUGCUCUCAUUGGCACUCCAAGCAGCACUGCAGGGUGAGGGGUCCUCUGGUCGUAGUCCUCUGGUAGAGGAGGUGGUCCUGUCUGCUAUGGUCCCUGUCAUCAGCACCGCCUGCUCCAGGCUACAGCCGACGUUGGCGGGACAGACGGCGUCAAGGGCUGUCUCUCUCUUCCUGGACGGUGACGUCUCCUUUUUGCCUGACAACUCCUUCCCUUCACAAAUCCAGCUGCUCAAGAAGCAGCAGGGGGACUCGUGGAGCCAGUCUCAGAUGGUUUGUCUGCUCAUUGGCUGCGUGUGUUCGUUACCUCGCAGUGUGGAGGUGCCCCAGAUAGACCAGCUGCUGUCACAGCUGGAGGAGAUGAGCUGCACCUGCAGCCACCCGCUGUCAUACACCUCUGCCGCCAAGUGCUUUGCUGGGCUGGUCAACAAGCGAUCGGAGGGUGAUUCUCUUCACAGCCUGAUUCAGAGCACGAUGAAGAAAGUGUGUAGAGAGUUGCACUCCACAUCUUCACCUGUUCGCACUCAGGCAUUCACCCUCCUGAUCUGGGUGAGCAAGGCUUUGCUUCUCCGGUACCACCCUCUGUCCAUAGUCCUGACUGACAAGCUCUUCUCUCUGCUCGAUGAUGCUGAUCUGGGGCCGAUGGCAGCCGAUGGCUUCUCAAUGCUGAUGAGCGACUCUGCUGACGUUCUGAACCGCGGUUGCCAUGCCGACGUUCGCAUCAUGUACCGCCAGCGCUUCUUCAGCGAGAAUUCAGCAAAGUUGGUCCAGGGCUUUAAUGCUGCGCCGCAAGAGAAGAAGCCCAACUACCUGAAGGCUCUGUCCAACAUAGUCAAUAAACUGCCAAAGCAGGUUCAAGUCACUGAACUACCAGCGCUCCUGUCGUUGCUACUGGAGGCCCUGUCGUGCCCCGAUCAGGGCGUUCAGCUGUCCACUCUGUCCUGUCUGGAGCCCGUUCUCAUCGACCCGCCACCAGCUCUCAUACAGCAGCUGGAGGCUUUGGUCAGCAGGUUGCUGGCUCUCAUCUGUAGUCCAACCAUGACCGUCAGGAUCGCCUCACUGCAUUGCAUCCACGCCCUUUCCCGCUUCCCUGAACAUGAGAUCUUGCCGUUUCGGGCCCGGGUGCUGCGAGCUCUGGCCCGGCCCCUGGACGACAAGAAGAGGCUGGUGAGGAGCGAGGCGGUUCAGGCACGAGCAGAGUGGUUCCUCUUGGGGAGUCCUGGGGGAAGGUGAUUUUACUCCUCAAACACAACCUAUUUUAUCCCCACCCCACCUCCCCUGGACUUGGAAGGAGACAUAGUUGGGAGCCUCAGUCUCCAGGACCAGGUACCCAGGAUCCGAGCUCUCACUCCUUGGUUAAACUUUCCAGUGUGCCCCUCUCUCUCCCCCAUCCACUCUAUGGUUCUUCCAGCACCCCUCUACCCUUCCUACCUUCCUUUCCAACCAGAAUCCCUCCAUCCUCCAUCUUCUCUCCCUUUUUACUGAAAGGUUUUUGUUGUAAGCACCUAUAUCUCCAUGAACGCACAAGUAAGAGAAUAUGGACUGACUGUGGAGCGUAGUCUAAGUUAAAAGAUUGAAAAUGACUAGUUUAUUAAUAUUAAUGUGUAACACACCUCAUGUACAUCGUUGUCUUUUUCUCUACAUAUCGCAGAAAAUGUCACAUUCAGUCGUGUGAGGACAUUUUGGUUGUGUAUAAUUUGAAAUAUUUUACUUUACAGUACAUUUUAAAUCACAAAAUAAAUGCCCAUCACAAGAGCUCCCAGAAAUCAUGAUCAAAUCAUAAUGAAAGACUGAAUGUUUAGUAUGUUUUCUUCAUAAAUAACUGAAGUUUCAUCAGCUGAUUCUAGAUAUAAAGAAAGUUAAAUAUAUCUAAGAUCUAAAAUUCAGAAUGGCUGUUGUUGAACGCACGUCGUAUGUGUCAGCUCCUAUAUGAAGAGAAAAAGUGAACGGUACAUACAUUCAGUGGAAAAGACACUGCAAUGCUCAUGGACUGUAGUUGAUGAGUGGUCUCCUGAACUGCGGUGGCAACAUUUUCUGUUUUUUUUUAUUAUUAAACUUAAUGACCGUUUAGAGAAUCGGGACCACUGAGCAACAUCAAAGAUCUCCACUUCACUGCGAACAAACAUGUGGACUUGAAGCCAAAAUGAAGCACUGAACCCAGCAGGCACUGAUAGCCUUGUAUCUUCUCAUCUGGAUGAAUGUGUAACUGAGCAGUAAUGUCUUAGCAGCAGCUGGUGUGUUUGAUUUGUGUCACUCUGGUGCACCAGCCGGGUGGAGUUGUAAAGACAAGGGAAAAAAUGUGGAUGUGCCAAUUGCCCCUCGUUUGCUCACAGGGUGACGAGAAUCAAACACUUUCCAGGUGUAUCACACCUCCGCUGACUGGGUGAAAUUUUAAGAUUAAUUUUACAUAAUACAAAUCUGUGUUGACAUUAGUGUUCAUUAAUGAAUUGAGAUUGUAAGUCAUGUGAACGGUAUGUCCAACAUCUGCCUUGCAUCUGCUCAAUAUUUGAACAAGUAUUGACGCUAUAUCAUAAUUAAUGUUGAAUCAUUUCAGUAAGGUUGGCUGACUUUCGACCUCACAUCACUUAUGCCAAGGAAAUAGACAAUAUUUAAA